GAAACCAGAAUGCUCAACUUAAAAUAUUAUUGGAAAGGGUGACUGGGCUCUUAGAUAAAAUGCAGCCCUCGAUCCACGUCCAACAGAUUCGUAAGUUAAUGUGUUAUCCAAAUUCCGGAACCCAGACCGGAGAUUUUUUGUCUAAUAGUGAGGAUGACGAAGAAGAUGAGGAGGAAAGGACUUUUACUUUGAAAUCCCAAGUUUUUCCUUUACGUCCUCUGGUUAAAACUGAAACUGCGGUUGAUGACGAUGAUGAAAUUCACACCACUGUGCGUACCGUUCCAUGGACACCAACCGAGUUAACAAAAAUAAGGGAGAAAUAUUCGAGGCGACCAGAAGAGUCAGCUGUUGAGUACGUGUGGAACCUUGGAAGAACUGUACGUGGACAGACGCAUUGGCCUACGCUAACCUCGAGUGUCUCCAGGGAAUCCUGACGUUGAUCCUGGCAAUAAUAUUAUUUUUGUUAUGUAUGGCCAUCUGGAGGCCUAAAUUUUAGAAUGACGAAUUGGCAGAUGGAAUUGAUGCUAUUCAGUUUUAUCUUUUUACUCCCUGUUGUUUGUAGUCAAAGAGACCCAGAAUGGCCGUGGUCUCAAGCUUAUGUAAAACACAAUGCGAUGGCAGGAACAGGAAAAGGAAAAUUGAGCCUGGCCACUGUAGUCCUACAUGAAAAUGAGGUGUUUUCAAAACAUGAGAUAGAUCAAAGCAUAGAUAUAGUCGAACCUGACUCAACUCCACAGUCUAGUCUGGUUGCACUGCCACUAUCUGAAACCCCCGACAAUGACACCUUAUUGAGCGGACUUAAGAAUCUGCCCCUUGAUGAUGAGCUUUGGGAUAAUGCACUGUCACGAUACACUGCAAGCACUGAGACACUAGAAAACAUGAGGGAUUUAAAUCUCUCCACUCUGGUUAUACAAGGAAGUGAAGUAUAUUCCAGAGAUAAAUGGAGUUGGAAAGACUCACUCCAAAUGGCUAAGCUUGAAGCCGCCACAGGAAAGAAAAUACAAAUUAGCUGCCGAGUAAUCAAUGGGUCUGCUCACCAUAGACCAACUGUAAUUGAAACCAUCCAUGUAGACUCUACCAAACCGGACAAAUAUAACACUGAUUGUUACAAAAUUAUAGAGCCAAACUCAGAUUGCUGGCACAACUUCACCUUUAUCAAACCUAUCAUAGUAUAUUGUAUUUGGGGCUACAGGGGCACGGAAUUGUUAUUUGAAUUUAUGAUUGACUCAAAUACAUCUGAACCUGUUGAAAUGAACCCAAAACCUACACCCCCACAAACUUCCAAGGGUGUAGCUACUCAGCCCUCCAUUAGUCUAACUCCUUACACCUUUAACAUCGGCCCUUAUGCCAUUAAACACACAGGUCAACAACAGAUACUGUUUAACCCAACAUAUUCCCUCAAACGAGUAGAAUUGUCAAUGCAGAUUAAUAUCUCUGUGAUCAAACCCACCUGCUCACCAUUCCUGAGUACAUCUUAUGCAGGAUGGUCAGCAUGGUUAGGCCGGCGAACUGUUGCCACCUCACAACGACUGAAGAGAGAGGUGACUGGAAUCUUAGGAACAGGACUGGGAGUCUUAAAUAGUAUAGAUGCUGAGAUACUUGCAAACAAACUAGUCACAACUACUAGUGAUCUAGACAAAUUAAAAUAUCCUCUACAGUCCUCUCUAUCAGCAUUGGGAAAUCACCAAUGGCUUUUAUCGAAUAUAUUGCCUCAGUGGGAGGAAAUGGGUGAAAAAGACCAUCAGCUGAUCACAAAUGCACUUGGUACAACCCAAAACAAUGUUUCCUUGGCCCUUAGUUGUACCCAAGCCCAACUGUGGAUGCAAUCUAUGACAGCCGCAAUUAUAAGGGAAGGUGAAGAAGGCACCUUGCCCACUGAAAUUCGAAAAGUAAUAUGGGAUAAUGCAAUUGAGUUUGAGAGAAAAUUUCAGUCCUGGUGGUAUCUGGUUAAUUUCACCUAUGAUCCCACUGAGAGCAAAGCCACAGCUUUUGUCUUAACGAUACGCAAUGCCUCAGUAUACACCAUAUACCCAAUCAUCGCACUGGGGUUGAAUCACCAUGGAGCUAUACUCCAUCCGGUAGAGCAUAGAGUGUGGGCACAACAAAAUGAGAAUAAAUGGCAAACUGUUGAUGUUGAAGCAUGCAUUUCACGAGAUCAACAAGGAUUCAUUUGUGAGAGGAAUACUCUCAAGGCACAAGACAUUUGUCUUGAUACCAACCAGAAUGUUUGUCAUUUUGAGAUACAACCUGAUGAAACCCCAGAAACUGUGCUUGUAUAUAUUGGGAAAGGGUGUGUUUGCAUGAGGUCUCCCUGUACUUUUGUAUUCGUAGAUGACAUAGCAGUAGAUAUAAGUAAUAACUCAAAUCUUUGUGUUUGUAACUUUACUAACAUCAUUGGAUGUGACUUCAGUUAUUCAGCUCCUGUUACGUCUUUUCAAUUGCUACAAUCUAAUUACACGUUGAUUCGAGAUUUGCUGCCUACCCCUAUCGGAAUGAAUCUCUCACUAGUGAAGAAGUUGCUAGAACACGAUGAAUUGAAGCGAUUGUUGAAAGAGGCCCAAGAAAAUGGACAAAGAACUCUGAUUACUGUCCAUCAUGAUGUUGAAGAAAUACACCAUGUACUGGAAAGGGUCAAGAGAGACGGUGGACAUGAAUGGUGGGACACCCUCUUUGGAUGGUCACCAACAGCUACAGGACUUUUUAACAAGAUGCUCCAUCCUGUUGUUGUUCUACUAGUACUCACUGUAUUGUGCUUUGCUUUGACAAUUGUUUUGUAUGUUAGACUUUGGAUUAUGAUGAAACGCUUAACUCGCUUAAUCACCCCACAAGAAGUAUUUGCACUUGAUAUCCCUCGCCAUAAGAGGACAUGUGAUAUUCCCCAUCAGUAUUGAUUAUCGUGGAGCUUGAGUGACUGUAGUCACGGGGUGGAUUAUGUGGAAUAAUUACUAAAUUGGCCAAGAAUACAAAA